AUGUGUCCGCCACAGAGACACGCUUUACUUCACGACAAGAAUAAUACAAAUGAUGAUAAUAUAGCCGUUGAAUGCCAAACAGGCACCAAAUAUAUAGUGGUAGACGUAGGCGGAGGUACUGUUGACAUCACUUGUCAUCAGAUCCAGAAUAAAGAGGGAUCUCUUAAAGAGUUACACAAAUCGAUGGGAGGGCCCAACGGGUCUAUUGGCGUUGAUUUAAACUUCGAGAAG